AUGGUAACUGUUGCUACUACUACAGCCAUGAGUAGUGAGAGUCAAAGUAUAGCUGAUACCCAUAAAUCAAAGCUAUCUACAUUUGCAAAACUUAGGAAAUCACAAUCAACUCCCAAACUACGAGAUAGGAAAAACUCAAGAUCGACUUAUAACCAUCCCAUAACAUCGUAUACGGCGAUCAAUAGUCCAACUUCAAACACAGCAACACCUACAUCUUCAACAGUUGCCACAACGGGACCAGCAUCUACAAUAGCAUCAACUAGGGCCACUACUACGCCACUGACAAGAAAGAAAAUUAGUGCACCUAAAACGACAUUGACGACAACUAAAACAACAACAGCAUCUUCUUCACUGGGGUUCUUUAAAAAGAUAUCUCAUGAAUGGCAUUCGUUUAUACAUCGAUUAAAAUCAAUAUCAGAAGAUGUAUUCACUGUUGAUACGUUGAUUGAUGAGUUGUUUGUUGAUGAUGAGUCAGAUGACCAUAUGAGUUUUGAUAAAUUGGUUAGAGCGUCAAAAGGGUACAAUACAACUGAGGAAAAAUUUUUACAAGAUUAUAAAAAAUACAAGAGUUUGGAUAAGAUGUAUGACCAUUAUAAUGGCAGCAGUAACCAAAGUAGUGGGUCUCAUAAUAGUGGUAACAACCAUGGUCGUCAUUCUGUUGUCACUCACUAUAGUAGUCAAGUAUUGAACAACCAUGAUGUUGGUAGUUCAACUACAGUUGUUUCCGAUCAAACAAGUUUUAAUGUGCGCACUACUUUACAAGAUGUUAUACGACAUCACCAAGCACAGUUUCGGAUUAUAGAUGAGGUGGAUCUGGACAGCGAUGGAGACGGAGUGGAGGAAGAGGAGGAGCAAGAGGAAGAAGAGGAAGCCUUGGAUAGCAUGACAGCAACUGGAUCAUCUACAAACACCCGUGAUAUACCGCAAUACAAUGAUAUCGAUUUCACAAUACUACGAAGAGAAUUUGAAAAUAUGUUGGCAUCAACAACCACAACCAUGACUAAAGUACCUUGUGAUUCAACAAAAAGGCAUCCACUCGAAUCAGUGCCACUACCAUCAACAACAACGUCAUUGACAUCGGUAUCGAGACCUUUGUCACUGGUACAACCAUUACCACAGCAACAACAUCAACAAGAAGAGGAUGUUAAUGUUGGCACUAUACUUUGGAACUAUCGUCGUCGUAAAUGGCUUUAUUGUCCAGAUCGAGCAAAAGCAGAGUUACGUAUCAAGCAAACUUCAUUAUCGCAUAUUCCCAAAGAAUCUUACUACAAAAUAUAUUCAUCCUUGAUUAAUGAGAAUAGAGUCUUGAAAAAGGACAAGCAUAUUAAUUUACUGGAUUUGAUCAAGAUUGUUCAUGUGGGGUGGAUUGAGGAAAAGAAAUGGGAGCCAUAA